CCUCCUUCGAUCUAGUUCCCUUUUCUUAAGGUGGCUCCUCGAGGCCUGACUUUCUUUCCUAGAUUGCGCCCCGAGGGAGCCUAAUUUGCUACUAAAUGUGCUUCCGCAGUCACUUAACGGUACAAAACUGAAACCAAAGCCAAUCGAAACAAAGGAAACACUUCCCCGAAUCCUUUCGGCAGAUGUACCGAAAAAAAGCGGCGCUGUGCCCCGGAAACGGAAGUGUAUCCUCUUUAGAAAGGCUGGACUACGCCGAGUGAUGACGUCUCCUCAUGGGCGGAAGAGUUCCUCAUAAGCACAUUUUAAAGUCUUCAAGAUGGUUCUAGCAGACCUUGGAAGAAAAAUAACAUCAGCAUUACGCUCAUUGAGCAAUGCCACCAUUAUCAAUGAAGAGGUAUUAAAUGCUAUGCUAAAAGAAGUAUGUACAGCAUUAUUAGAAGCGGAUGUUAAUAUUAAACUAGUGAAGCAACUAAGAGAAAAUGUUAAGUCUGCUAUUGAUCUUGAAGAGAUGGCAUCUGGUCUUAACAAAAGAAAAAUGAUUCAACAUGCUGUCUUUAAAGAACUCGUGAAGCUUGUGGACCCUGGAGUUAAAGCAUGGACACCCACUAAAGGAAAACAGAAUGUGAUUAUGUUUGUUGGAUUGCAAGGGAGUGGUAAAACAACAACAUGUUCAAAGUUAGCAUAUUAUUACCAGAGGAAAGGUUGGAAGACCUGCUUGAUAUGUGCAGACACAUUUAGAGCAGGGGCUUUUGACCAACUAAAACAGAAUGCUACUAAAGCAAGAAUUCCAUUCUAUGGAAGUUACACCGAAAUGGAUCCUGUAAUCAUUGCUUCUGAAGGUGAGAAAUUCAAAAAUGAAAAUUUUGAAAUUAUUAGUGAUACAAGUGGCCGCCACAAACAAGAAGACUCGUUGUUUGAAGAAAUGCUUCAAGUUGCUAAUGCAAUACAACCUGAUAAUAUUGUUUUGAUGGAUGCCUCCAUUGGUCAGGCUUGUGAAGCCCAGGAGGCUUUUAAAGAUAAAGUAGAUGUAGCCUCAGUAAUAGUGACAAAACUUGAUGGUCAUGCAAAAGGAGGUGGUGCACUCAGUGCAGUUGCUGCCACAAAAAGUCCAAAUUUCAUUGGUACAGGGGAACAUAUAGAUGACUUUGAGCCUUUUAAAACGCAGCCUUUUAUCAGCAAACUUCUGGGUAUGGGUGACAUUGAAGGACUGAUAGAUAAAGUCAACGAGUUGAAGCUAGAUGACAAUGAAGCACUCAUAGAGAAGUUGAAACAUGGUCAGUUUACGUUGCGAGACAUGUAUGAACAAUUCCAAAAUAUCAUGAAAAUGGGACCGUUCAGUCAGAUCUUGGGGAUGAUCCCGGGUUUUGGAACAGAUUUUAUGAGCAAAGGAAAUGAACAGGAGUCAAUGGCAAGGCUUAAGAAAUUAAUGACAAUAAUGGAUAGUAUGAAUGAUCAAGAAUUGGACAGUACAGAUGGUGCCAAGGUUUUUAGUAAGCAACCAGGAAGAAUCCAAAGAGUAGCACGGGGAUCAGGCGUGUCAACAAGAGAUGUUCAGGAGCUUUUGACACAAUAUACCAAGUUUGCACAGAUGGUAAAAAAGAUGGGAGGUAUCAAAGGACUUUUCAAAGGAGGUGACAUGUCUAAGAAUGUGAGCCAAUCACAGAUGGCAAAAUUGAAUCAACAAAUGGCCAAAAUGAUGGAUCCAAGAGUUCUUCAUCACAUGGGUGGCAUGGCAGGACUUCAGUCAAUGAUGAGGCAGUUUCAACAGGGUGCUGCUGGCAAUAUGAAAGGCAUGAUGGGAUUCAAUAAUAUGUAAAGAAGAUGCCUUAAUAUAAACUGACUUGAUUGAUUACUUUAUUUGCUGAGACCUCAGAGUUUUCCCUCCUUUUUGCAAAUAGGGAAAAAAAGAGUAUUUUUCUUGCCCUCUUUUUCUUUUUCUUUUCCGCCUCUUCUUUUUCCUUUCUUUCUUCUUCUCUCCCUUCUUUUGAUAUAAGGGAGGAAUAUAUGGUUUUUGUGAAAAUCAUUAUAUUUCUGUUUGGAAAUUUUUCUUUAGUUUUCAUCAUUUUAACACCUCUUAAGUUAAACAAAUCAUGAUGUAAAAUUUUAGUACUUAAAGGUUUUUAAUUGUCUCAAAGGCCAAGCAUUACAUUUGUAAACAGUCCUGGUCAGUAAAGUUACAUGAUGUCUCAAUAAAAGUGCUGUAAAAUAAAAUUCAAAAUGGUUAUAAGUUAA